UUCCCUUCUCUGUUUUCUUCUUCUCCUUCUUCACUCGCUUGUAGCUAUGGCUUAUUCUUACUAUUGCAAGCUCUCGCUUCUCUUCAUUGCACUCACGAUGGCAUUUACGACUCUGACAGGGCGAACGGCUGAAGCGCAGCUGUCGGGGCCAAUUGGCAGCCUUCUGGGUCUCUUCCGUAUAGAUGGGAUUCUGUUUUGCAGCCUCGAUGGCACUUCUAAUGGCACCACUACUCCGAUCUUUCAUGAUGCUAAGGUACAACUAAGAUGCGGAGGGGCGGUGAUCUCGACCUCAGUCACAAAUGCAUCGGGAGCAUUUUCGUUUAUGCUGAAUCCUUUGCAAUUCCUUUUGUCGUAUGUGCUCGACAAUUGCCGGCUUACAGUUACCACGCCGCUCUCGACCUGCAACGCUGCUCUCCCCUCCGUCGGCCAACUCGUCUCCCAGUUGCAGUCCGUUGGAAGCACCGUCGUCGGACUCCUCAAUGUCACCCAACUCGUUCCGGGCGGGUUCUGGCUCCUCCCUCCCAGUUAAUCUAUUAACUCGACCAUACUCUGAGAUAUUUAUUAUCUGCGUACUUUCAUAAGGGUUAAAUAAAAACUUUGCUAUGCGCACACAAUGGUGCGAAACAUUUUAUAAUAUCUUUUUACGGUAUAUGAUAUUUUGUUACAUAAAUUGUGUGGUAAUUGGUCUGUCAUGUCUUAUGCUUGUUGUGUCAUGUGUCAAUCAAGUGUAAGCAAUUAUAAGAAACUUUUAUGUUUCCAACUAUGAAUAAAAACGUAUG